AUGAACACCGUUGAGGUUUCUUUCGCAGUGGCAAUGCUGUUACAGGUCAGCACUGGGGUCUCAGUGAAUGUUUUCCUUCUCCUCUUUUAUACCCACACUGUCUCCACCAGCCACAAGCCCAGCUCCUCAGACCUAAUACUCUCCCACCUUGCAUUGUCCAACACCAUCAUUCUUCUCACUGUUGGAAUCCCAGAGACCAUGUCAGCCUGGGGACAGAAUAAUUUCCUAAACAGUAUUGGAUGCAAAACUCUCAUCUACCUUUAUCGAGUGGCCCGGGGACUGGCCAUCUGCACCACCUGCCUCCUGAGCGUCUUCCAGGCCGUCACCCUCAGUCCCGGCACCUCCCGCUGGGCAGGAACCAAAGUCAAAUUACCCAAAUGCAUCAUCCCCUCCUGCCUCCUCUCCUGGAUCCUCAAUCUGCUAAUAGAAAUUAAUACAGCACUAAACUUCACAGGUCCCCAGAACAGUAGCGGCAUUCGAUAUCCCCUAGAUCUCAAAUAUUGCUCCCGAGUCAGUGUCAGCGCAAAAACCAACCAGGUUGUUGCAGUUGUGCUUUCCACCAGGGAUCUGCUGUUCGUGGGGCUCAUGACUGUGACCAGCAGCUACAUGGUGUUUAUCCUGUUCAGACACCACCAGCGGGUCCAGCACCUUCACGGUCCUGGCCACUCCCCCAGGGUGAUGCCCGAGGUCAGAGCGGCCAAGAGGGUUGUUGCCCUGGUGACGUUCUAUGUCAUCCUCUAUGGACGACAGUCAAUCAUGCUGAGUUUUAUACUGAACAUGAAAGAAAAUUCCCCUCUGCUGGUAAAUACCCACAUGGUGCUGUCAUUCACCUUCUCGGCCAUCAGUCCAUUCCUGGUGAUUCACAGUGACCGGAGGAUGAGGACAUUCUGGAAAAAGGAAUCUCCUCUUUCCAGUACCGAUCCUUCUUAG